UAUACGUGUCAGAACAGAUGGAGUGUGGAACAUAAGCAAAUGAAAUAGUCACAAAUUAGUAUGCCUUGAUGUAUACAAGCGUGUAUUCAUUUAAGGUUUUGACACUAUUUACAUCUGUUUUGACACAAUCUAUUGAAGACCCAAUUUACCCAAAAUAGUGCGUACCUUGUACAGAAGUGACGUCUCAUUGUGAAAUUCUUAGUCGUUCACAAAAAGUGUUCACAUUUCGGAAAGUCAUCCGAUUACAACCUGUACCGCCACCAGUACCAGCCCAACUACCAUGUCCCAAAUGGAUAAUAUUUUUAUACAAAUUCGAGCGCGACUGCAGCAGCAAGGCAUUAGAUUGUGGGAAGAACCGUAUUACUCCGAGGGCCUGGGAAGUAUUGAAGCUGCGAUGGAACAACUAGCAACCGAUUAUAGCAUCCAAUUGGGCAUCGAUGUCUCGCACUGUAGAUGUGUGCUCGCCGAGCUGCAGGACAAUGCAUUGCGCAAGCUGGCCGCUCGGCGUGAGUUCAGCGAGACGGGCUUGGCGACAUUUAAGGUGCGUCGCAUAGACAAUCGAGGCGGUACGACCACAAUGGUCGAUGUAAAAUGUGAUUUAAAUGCUUUGGGCGCAGCUUUGCAGUUGGCAAUUGCUCAAAAGCUUCAACUGAGCAACGCAAGCCAUGUGAAGUGCAUAUCAGCUGGAAAAAUUGUGGCUGCUGAUGCAACGCUAUCGUCGCAAGGCUUAAAAAAUAAUCAGCAACUAAUUGUGAUUGUGGGUCAGCCCGGUGAUAACAAAAAUGGCACUCUAUACGAGCGCAUUAACAAGAUAAAGACGGAUGUGGAAACAGUAGUGGACUCCCAACGCCAACUUGUGGAGAUGGAGGACCAAGAUGGUAAUCCAGUCUUCCUGCCGCCAGACGAGAAUCGUGCUCUGCUCAUCGGCAUGGGCUUUUGUGAAAAAGCCCGCGCGGCUAUGCACCGCGAGGAUUAUGAUGAGGCAUUGCUGCUGCUGCUGGAGGCGGACGAAAAGUUUGCCACAUGUAACUCCAAAUUUCUUGAAUCAGUGGACAACUAUGCUCUUCUGAAUCUAGAUAUAGUCUGGUGCUAUUUGUGUCUGAAAAAUGUGUCGCAAUUGCCGGAUGCAGAGCGCCGUCUUAGCAUAUGUGAACGCAGUUUUCGACGCAGCUAUGGGGACAACUUUGCCCGUCUGUAUGCCUUGAAGGGCAAAGCCUGUCCAGAGCGUGCGCUUAUAAUGCGACUCCACCUGCUCCAAGGCGUUGUUCUAUUUCAUCAAAAUCGUCGCGAUGAGGCCUACGAGCGCCUUGAAAUUGCGGCCGCUGCACUUAACGAGUUAAAGGUGAACGAUGAGCAUUUAGUGCUGCUAGUAGAGAUGGGUUUCGAUGUCUGUGAUGCACGCCUGGCACUGCGCUCCACAUCUGGCGAUGUAGAGCGAGCCGUGCAGUUCAUACAAGAGCGCCAAAAAAAGCUGAACGAAGCGCGCCAGGACUCGAAAGCCGAGCGCGAAGUAAAUCGCCGCUAUGGUCAUCAGGCGGCUAAUGAUGGCAAUUGGGUUAAUCCGCGCAGCGUUUGCGCCCUGACUGACAUGGGAUUCGAGCGCCAGCUCGUGGUAGAAGCGUUGCGUCGCACUGAAAACGAUAUGUCGCGUGCGGUCGAUAUGCUGCAAAACCGCCCAGAUGAGUUGCGCAACUCAUUGCCCGUUGUGCCGGCGGCCGAUGAAAGGCAGCUAAGGUCACUACAGAAGCUCGGUUUCGAUGCGAAAGCAGCACGCGUGGCUUUGGAGACCACUCAGAACGAUAUAGAUCUGGCGAUUGUAUUUUUGCUCAAAGCCUUCGAGAGCGAGGAAGAGUUGCGCAGCACUGUAGACCGUAUGUCGCGUCUGAUUGAAGAAGGCCUUACUGGCGCCACUGGUGCCGCCACCAUAAGUGAUCAACCGUCCACAUCGUCGGCGGCCAGUCAACAAAGCCAGCUGUUCGACUCGCCCCGUUCUCGGGCGCUCAUUGAGUCGGUGCUGCACAAAGCCAAAGCCGAAAUGGAAUCGUAUAAGGCGUAUAAUCGCUUUAAUGCGGACCUCACUCACAGUGAUCAGGACUAUCUGGAUUUGCCGUUGGUGCAGGAGGAGCAGUUACUGGCCGAGUACCGUAAUCUGCUCGAGCAGUAAGCAGUUAGCCAAUGGCUUAGCAACAUUUCCUUUCAUGUUAAGUCUGGUUUUCUCAGUUUUUGUUUUGACUUUUUCAUUAGAUAUGUAAAUUAAUUAUUUUCGUCACGGCGAGCACGCCAUUAAACCGGUUGUGGAGAUAA